AUGUCUCUCAGAGCCGCCGUCGCUGCCUCCGUCCUCGCCGCCGCCCAGUUGGUGGCUGGCCACGCUGCCAUCAUCGGUGCCACCGGUGAGCUUGGCGGAUCUGCCAUGGCUCUCGGCGUCGAUCCCAGCACUCCCCGUGACGGCACUCGUCGCGAUCCCUUCCAGGCCGAUUCCACCCGCUUCAAGGGUGCCUCCGCCGACACCUUCGGCGAGACCGUUGGCGCUGGCCAGAACGAUCUCGAGACUGGCACCAAGGCCAUCAUGGCCAUGACUGGUGACCAGCUUCCCCAGGUCCGCGCUGGCGGAACCAUCGACAUGACUCUCCACCAGGUCAACGGUGACGGCGGUGGCCCCUACGACUGCAUGAUCAACUCUGAUGCCACUGGUGCCACCUGGACCAACAUCAACGUUGUCACCACUCCCCCGGGCCAGAACUCCCGCAACCGCGAUGGUGCCAUGACCGACUUCCCUCUCAGGGCCCAGAUCCCCGCUGACCAGGCUUGCACUGGUACCGUUGCUGGACAGAACAACGUCUGCUUGGUCCGUUGCCAGAACGCCGCUCGCGCCGGCCCCUUCGGCGGCGUCGUUCCUGUCCAGAUGAACCAGCCUGGCAACACCCCCCGCCGCGGCUCGCCGCAACCUCGCCCGCGCCGUUCAGGAGACUGA